AUGGAGGUAAAUAAGGAAGAGAAGAAGGUGGUCAUAUACAGCACUUUGGGUCACAUGAUAGCUUAGAGCCAUUCAAACUGUGUGUUAAAUAUAGCUAGGCGCAAAAAGUUAGGUAUCAAGUAGCAAGGAACGAAGGUCAGCCUUAUAGAGUGGAGAGUCUAUCGCUGGUUCUGAGAAGUACUGAGGCUUCAGAAUGGAUGAGUAACUCAGUAUGCACUGUCGGUUUGAUGCUGUAGGCUAACAUGAGAUCUCAACAAGGUUGCCUCCUCAGCAAGAGGAGAGGCCACAACACUGUACUUCAGCCAGGAAAUCUGGAGUCAAAGAGGGUUUCUGAAGUCAAUGGAGGCUGCUUGAGCAGAGAGCCUGAUUAUCAACUGAUUGGACAUUCAUGAGAGAGCGGAACAAAAAUCUUACACACAUGAAUCAUUUAGUGAGCCGUUGAUCUGAUAUUCCCCCCUGGGGAGAAGCGGACAACAUGAAGCAGAGAUUUAUAUCAUCAGUUCAAAUUAUUUUGUUACUUUCUCUGACCACAGUGUGCCUGUCUGUUCAGCCAGAUUCUCCUGUGGACCUCUCUCUAGAAACAAAAACAGCUGCUGGUAUAACAUAUCUUUGUGCAAAAUGGUUUCCACCUCCAUUAGCUAAUGUCAGCUCUAACUGGCAUGUAUAUCACUAUGAGUUACGACUAAAACCUGAGGAAGAGGAAGAGUGGGAGACAAUAUCGGUUGGAGUGCAGACACAGUACGAGGUGAUCAGGUUAAAUGCUGGGUCGAAGUAUGGUGUUCAGGUCCGUUGCAUGCCAGACUGUGGAGAAUGGAGUGAAUGGAGCCCAGAAAGACAAAUUCAGAUCCCCAGUGGACAGUCACCUCCUGAAAAGCCUGCAAUAAUAAAAUGUCGUUCUCCAGAAAAGGAAACCUUUACUUGUUGGUGGAAACCUGGUUCAGAUGGAGGACAUCCUACUAACUAUACUUUGCUCUACAGCAAAGAAGGAGAAGAACAAAUUUAUGAAUGUCCAGAUUACAGAACUGCAGGCCCCAAUUCCUGCUACUUUGAUAAAAAACACACCUCUUUCUGGACUAUAUACAAUAUUACUGUAAGGGCAACUAACAAAAUGGGAAGUAACAUCUCUGAUCCUCAUUAUGUGGAUGUGACUUACAUAGUACAGCCAGAUCCUCCUGUGAAUGUAACUCUAGAAUUAAAAAAGCCAAUCAAUAGAAAACCAUAUCUGGUCUUGACAUGGUUUCCACCCCCACUGGCUGAUGUCAGAUCUGGAUGGCUUACUCUUGAGUAUGAGUUGCGACUAAAGCCUGAAGAAGGAGAGGAAUGGGAGACUAUUUUUGUUGGACAGCAAACGCAAUAUAAAAUGUUUAGUUUAAAUCCAGGAAAGAAGUACAUAGUACAGAUUCACUGCAAACCAGACCACCAUGGAUCGUGGAGUGAAUGGAGCUCAGAAAAGUCUAUUCAGAUCCCCAGUGACUUUAGAGUAAAAGAUAUGAUUGUGUGGAUCAUCGUGGGUGUCUUAUCAUCUCUCAUAUGUUUAAUCAUGAGCUGGACAAUGGUUUUAAAAGGAUACAGAAUGAUAGCCUUUAUCCUACCACCAGUUCCAGGACCAAAGAUAAAAGGCAUAGAUGCACAUCUGUUGGAGACAGGCAAGUCUGAAGAAUUAUUGAGUGCUCUUGAUUGCCAUGGUUUCCCUCCAACAUCAGACUGUGAGGAACUACUGAUAGAAUAUCUGGAGGUGGAGGACAGCGAGGAUCAGCAACUCAUGCAAAGUCAUAACAAUGGUCAUCCCAGUAAAAACACGCAGAUGACAUCCAAGGAAACAGACAGUGACUCAGGACGAGGGAGCUGUGACAGCCCUUCUCUGCUUUCCGAGAAGUGCAGGGAGUCCCUUCCAUCAAAACUUCCAGCACAAGAUGUAAGAGAUGUUCAUGAAAAUAAUGCAGGAAAAAGGGGUUGGGAAACUCAGUGUAUGGCCUCUUCAGAAGAGAAAGCGCUCCCUUUUAACACUGCAGGUACAAAAUCAUCCACAUGGCCUGCAGCUCAGUUACCUAAUAUUCAUCCUUCUAUAUUUGCCUAUCACAGUACUGUAGAUGCAGAUAAGAUAAAACUAAGUACCACGAAUGUGAGUGUUGCACCAGUUUUGGUGGGAAAUGAAGAAAAACAUCAGUCACGAUAUUCUACCACUGAAACUCUCUGUGAAGAAAACUUGGAAAAGCAACAAGAGAUGGAGAAUAUGCAUUCCAAAAAUGACCAAAGCACAAUACAGGUCAAGCAAAACAGACUCAAUGAAAAGUCAUCUUUUUUGAAUGCUAAACUAAUGGAUUACGUAGAAGUUCACAAAGUUAGACAGGAUGAGGAGCCAGCAGUAUUACUGAAACAUAAAGAAAAUAGUGGAAAAAUUGAAAAAUACACAGUUCCAGGAACCAGCAAAGAAUAUACAAAGGUCUCAACAGUUGUGGACCAUAAUAUUCUAGUAUUAAUGCCAGAAUCAAGAGUCCAGCACACACCUGUGUCUCAAGAGCCUGCAAAGGAAACAUCUCAGAACCUUCAGCAAGGUCAAGUUGAGAAAAACAUGAGCUACUGUCUGACAACUCCAAAUGAGUGCAAAAGAGAGGCUAGUGGAUCAGAGUACAUGGACCCAUCUUCCUUUAUGCCUGCCUUUAAAUAGCUGAAAGUUUGAUUAUUCUCCAUCAGGUAACGCUACAGAAUGAGUUAAAUACAAUCAAAUAAUAAAGCUAAGUAAGCUCUGUGGUUUAAGAUUAUGCUGCUGCAUCAUAAUUGUAGGUUACACCUUUUCCUAGCUGACAAGUCUUUGAUUUACAUAUUGAUUUUGUUAAUAGUUGUGUACAGUAAAAGAAAAACAAACAGCAAAGAGUUCCUUAAAAAACCUAGCCUCCUAUGUGUAUCGUAGAGAAAAUAAAAUAAACCGUGGGUGGAUAUAAUGAUAAUCAUGGAAGUAAACCUUAGAUCAUUAACACAGGUUUCUGACAAAGGGAAAUGAGGAAAUGGAUAUUAUGUGCCAUGAAAAACUACACUGUAAACAAAUUAUUCAACUUCUGAGAUCUUCUGUUAUUUGAUUAAACCUAGGGGAACAGUUCUGAUCCAACAAAGAUGAAAAUUUUUAUGGGUCAGUCAAUAUAUAGUGGUUGUCAGUUCCUAACCAGAGCAUUUGCUAAACCAGAUAAAUCACUACAAAAUAACAUUCUGAUAUACAAUGUUUUUUUUCUCAAUGCAUUCUGACACUAGAUUGUUCUCUUUAUAUUCUUUCUCAAUCCUAAAAAAGGACCUCUUAUAUAUGAAAAAAUCAUAUAUAAAACAAAAUAUAUUCAACUAACUGUAGUUAAAAUAACAAAUCCUUCUAAAUAUAUUUUUGCUUUCAGUGUGACAGAUAACUUUACAUCCCAUUCAUAUCCUACUCCAAUCAAACCAAAUAUGAAAAAAAUAGCAAGACACUAUUUGAUAUACUGCCUUACUGUAUAUAAUACACAAUUCUACUUUAGUUACAAGCCCAUGUGUUUAACAGUGUAUUUUUAAAGGCUAUUUUUCUAUUACUGAAAAAGCAAAAUAAAACAUUUUUAAUUUCCCAAUGCUGUUUAGCUACUUAACAACUCUUCUGUUUCCUUCUGCUGCAACAGUAGUAAGGGGUAAAGCUGCCAUUUCUAUAUGAAACGUAAGAUUUAACUUCAGAGUAAUUAAGAAUAUUAAGUAAUUUUUAAUCUAUAUUUCUAAUAUAUUGCAGAUAUAUUACUAUUUGAAUUGUAAAUUAUUUAUUCCACAUGUUUUUUACCAGCUGUUAUUACAAAAUUAUAAUAGAAUCCAGGUUUUGAGAGCACAGCGUCUUUUCCAUAGAACUUGUAGCCUGAUGCCACUCCUGAACGGAAUGGUGUUCUCCUGCAUCGUAACACAAUGUCUGGGCUUUUCUCUGAGCCUGAAAAGAAAGUCUGAAGUCAGAUUUUUCAAACUGAACUUACCAAAAUGAAUAUCAGAAGGCAGCCUCAAAAGUCAGGUGUGUGAGGCAUAAAGUUAGAGUCAGUCCUCUGUUGAAAUGGUGAUGGGAAUGAAAGAAGGAGUCUGUGUACUUGGGUUGGACAGCUGCCCCAGAACAGCCGUGGGAACACUAAGGAUUCCUCUUACCACAUGUGACUGAAGGCAGAAUCACAAUGAUAGUUAGCAAUGGCUGUGAACUUUCUGUAGCCCUUCCUUCUUCAAAGAAAAUUUAAUUUACUCAAGGAAAGCAUGACAAAGUGCUGAUUCAUUAAAACUUGGUCAGGCAUUUUGCGAAUACCACUAGCUUCAGGGGAAUUUGAAAAGGGAAGGGAAAUUGUAUUGGGCAUGUGAUGGAAAGUGUUUUUACCAUAGAUGAGCUCUGUUCUCCUUCUUGUCUUUCCUAAACAGCUUCACAUUUCUCCAACUUUUUAUUAUAAGUGCUGAGCCAGCCUUCCUGCAGUAUCAGGUAACCCACUGCAGAGCCAGUCAAAAGAGACUUUCAGAUUUUCAAAGUCCCAGAAGGACACAUCUAAUUUGGCAUGUAAGUUUCUCACAUUACACCUUCAUGCCAUGGAACUGCCAAGUACAGAUCAGACCUUUUCACUGGCAGGACUUCAGAAUUUAACUAAUUAUCUGUGAGCAUAUAAACAUAUGUGUUAAUAUAUAUUGUAACAUUCACUUCAGGAAUCAAAUUAAGAGUCUGUGGCCUCUCUACAGGCAGUAUGUUGCCCACUUCUAGAGGGUGAUCAGAGUAGUCUGGAUGUUCUGCUGAAUGUACAGAGAGGGAUCUUAGAGUCUUCAUUCAGCCACUUAAUUUAAACACCUGAAGACAUGAAUUGGCUACUUUGGAGAGUAGCCAAGCUUAACAUUUUGCCUAGUUAAAGGUAACAGGACAAUUUUAUUGUAGCAUUCAUAGUGUAUCUUCUAGAUUUUCUAGAGAUGCUAAAAUACUGCAAAGGAGCUAUCAAGUUAUUGGUCAAAAUUGAAAUGUUUUGCAGGGCAGCCAUUUGUGUGUGUGCAUGUAUGUAAGCUGAUAAUACACUGUCUAAUUCUCUCUGACAGUACUUCAUUUACAGUUUGGUUUUCUGACUGAAUCUGGUAGACCCGGUUUGGAUCAGACACAUUCCUUUUCUUUACAUAGAUAGCCAUAUCUGAGCCAAGCAGUUGUUUUCUACUCCUGACAACGUCCACGAGGACAUACUGCUGCAGGCCUUUUGUAUCCCUCUGGUGAUGCACACAGGCAGUAGAAUCUUGUCAACCUACAGCCUAAAGAUUUUACUUAUGUAGUGGAUUUUUAGGUUAAUAUACAGGCAGCUAGUACAUAUGUUACAAACCAAAGAACACAGGUAAGGUGUCAGCAGCAGGCUGUUGCUGUCAUACUGGUUACUUUGGACCAGAGGCAGCCAGGCACAAUUUUUAGCAGAUGUGAAAUGUAUGAUCAUCCUGCCUAACUUUAGGUAUCUAUAACUGUACCAAGUUUCUAAGUUUUUAUUGUAGACUGUGGAGCCUAGAGCAUGAUUCAUCUGACCAAAUGCAAGAGUCUACUUUAGGAAGAGAUGACUCACACUCCAGUCUCCAUUGACUGUAUGUAAAUUUUGUCUCUGCUAGCUUGCUCUAAUCAGGGGCUGAGACUCUCUAGCCCAAGAAUCAGAAUUUCAAUCAUGUUUACUCAAACAUUUUCUGUGUUGACAUUGGUUAAAUGAAAGAAUAUGGGCUGUAUUAAUAUUCUGGAGUAUGUCUGAUGGUGUUCCAGUCACUGGGUCCCAGGAACAUUGUUAACUUUAAGACCUUGAGUUCAUAAAACACAAAAGAUCAGAUUUUCAAAAGACCUGUAGUUUAUAUGCUCAUGCAAAGUCCAAGUUGCCACAAGAAAAAAAAAAAUCAGUAUUGUUGCCUGAAGAGCCAGGAUUGCAAGAUAUUGAAAAGAAGGUCCCUCUCGUAAUCCACACAGAAAGAGAACUGAGUAGAAGAGUUUCUAUGCCUUGCUAUAAAUUGGUACUGAAGCUACAAAAGAGUGGUCUCUUCCACCUUUGCAAGGGAAUGUCUCAUGAUGUCAAAUCAUUGUGGCUUUCUGUGAAAAAAGAGAAAUUCAGCCAGAAUGCAGAAGGUACAUUUGCUGGUUGCUUAGAAUUCGCUAAGCCUGUUGAGGGAUUUGCUAUACAAGUAUAAUUUGAACAUAUUUUUCAUGAACAUAUUUCAUACUUCAAGUUGAACAAAUGUGCAGUGUGAUUAUUUUUCCUUUGGAUGUGAUUUUCCAAAAUCAGUGGGAAUAACACCUUCUGCAACUGGUCUGAACAGUACUUUUGCACAUCAAAAAGAAAAUAAACUAGUGUUCUGUAAAAUAAGGAUAAUCUUCAGCUGAGUGUAUGGGCCUUUGGAUGUUUAUUCUUUGUUUGCGAUAUUAUUUUUGGUUACAACUCUUUAAGGAAUUGCUUUUAUUAUGAUAUAGAUGAGAUUUUUGUAGCAGUUGUACAGACUGGAUUGUUGUGAAGUUACAAUACACUAGUGGGGAAUAACACACUCCUGAAACCUCCCUGCAUACACGGGACAAUGAUUUAUGUCACAGAACUUACCCCAGGAACAGAGAUUAGCCCUCAAACCUCUGCCCCAUUGGAUAAAUUUCUUACUUGGGAAAACUUUUCAAAAAGUUCGAUGUUUUUAAUGUCAAAUCUGUAUGUGUGUCAGUUAAAGUGUAAAUUGCCUUUUAGCAGCAUAAAAGCCCUACAAAGAAGCAUAAAGGCUCUUCAGAAGUAAUUCAUUUUAUAAAAUUCAUAAAAUUGAAUAUGUACAUUUUUGAUUAAUUAUCUUUCCUUUGGAUUCAGAUAAUAUUGUUAACAGCUUUUCUUCAUAUUGAGAAAUACAACUCCUCAUUAUUUUAGAUUUUCUCAUUAGACUUUUUUGUUUAGCAAAGACAUAUUUGAUACAAUGUUUUGGUAUUUUCAGUGUAAUGUUCCUGACUUUUAAAUAAAUACAAUUUGUUGAACUGGGACAUGUGCUCCCAAAACUUACUGUCACAUAAAAUUACAGGCUUGAAGAAUUGUCUUUAUGAUAUUAUAUAACUACAAAGCAUUAUUUAAUAAAAAUGUAGUAAACUGACUUUAUAUAAUACUAAUAAGAGAAUCAGGAAUCAGAGAAUCACAGAAUGGUUGAGGUUGGAAGGGACCUCUGGAGAUCAUCUAGUCCAACCCACCUGCUCAAGCAGGGUCACCUAGAGCACGUUGCACAGGAUUGCGUCCAGGCAGGUUCUGAAUAUCUCCAGAGAAGGAGACUCCACAACCUCUCUGGGCAACCCGUUCCAGUGCUCUGUCACCCUCACAGUAAAGAAGUUUCCCCUCAUGUUCAGACUGAACUGCCUGUGUUUCAGCUUGUGCCUCUUGUCCUGUCGCUGGGCACCACUGAAAAGAGUCUGACUCCAUCCUCUUGACACCCUCCCUUUAGAUAUUUGUACGCAUUGAUAAGAUUCCCCCUCAGUCUUCCCUUCUCCAGGCUAAACAGGCCCAGCUCUCUCAGCCUUCCCUCAUAGGAGAGAUGCUCCAGUCCCCUAAGCAUCUUCAUAGCUGGACUCGCUCCAGUAGCUCUGUAUGUCUCUUGCACUGGGGAGCCCAGAACUGGGCACAGCACUCCAGAUGCGGCCUCACCAGGGCUGAGUAGAGGGGGAGGAUCACCUCCCUUGACCUGCUGGCAACACUCUGCCUAAUGCACCCCAGGAUACCAUUGGCCUUCUUGGCCACAAGCGCACAUUGCUGGCUCGUGGUCAACUUGUUGUCCACCAGGACUCCCAGGUCCUUCUCCACAGAGCUGCUUUCCAGCAGGUCAGCCCCCAGCCUGUAUUGGUGCAUGCGGUUAUUCCUCUCGUGGUGCAGGACCUUGCACUUGCCUUUGUUGAACUUCAUGAGGUUCCUCUCCACCCAACUCUCCAGCCUGUCCAGGUCUCUCUGAAUGGCAGCACAGCCCUCUGGUGUAUCAGCCACUCCUCCCAGUUUUGUAUCAUCAGCAAACUUGCUGAGGGUGCACUCUGUCCCUUCAUCCAGGUCAUUGAUAAAUAAGUUGAGCAAGACUGGACCCAGUACUGACCCCCUGGGGGACAUUGCUAGCUGUAGGCCUCCAACUAGACUCUGCACUGCAGUCAAGGUAGACAACAUCCACUGCUCUCCCCUCAUCUACCCAGCUAGUCAUCCCAUCAUAGAAGGCCAUCAGGUUCGUUAAGCAUAAAUUCUCCUUGGUGAAUCCAUGCUGACCACUCCUGAUCACCUUUUUUCCUCCAUAUGCUUAGAGAUGACAUCCAGGAUGAACUGUUCCAUCACCUUUCCAGGGAUCAAGGUGAGGCUGACUGGCCUGUAGUUAAGAGGAUAUAUUUGUUUAUGGAACAAACUGAAAAACAAAUAUGUAAUGAUAAUUGAUUUAUGAAUUCUGUGGUAUGUUUUAAGUGUUUAUGUUUAGAUGGCUGGAAAAUCUACAGUUGCUUUAAAUGUCAUUUAAAUAUUUAACAUGUAGUAACAGCAAGUAUCAAAAAUGAGUAUGCAGUAUUUGUGAUAUCUGAAGCACUAUGUAUGUGGAAUUCACAUCAUGAAGCCUGUAAAUGUAUUUGAUAAUUUUUCAUUAACUGUAAACAACUUGAAAGUGUUGUGCAAGCAAACCAAAGUCAUCUAAGCCAGUUGGUGAAUAUGAUAAAUCUUCUACAAAGCCAUAAACACACAUGAAAUGAAAAUGUAUCACGAGAUCAGGCACCAUGUUUUUAAAGAAUCGCUACCUCAGAUUUUUUUGCUCCCUUUAAAAAGGCAAACAGAAGCAUUUUAAUUUGUAUGUCAAAUUACUAUAUCAAGAUUAAAAACAACUUAUAAUUUGUAAUGUUCAAUUUGUUUUUGUUAAAUAACAGUUUGUCAUGGAAUCAUCACUGGAGUUGCACUAAUACUAUUAGGAUGGGAUACUAGAGAUGUGUAGCAAAGUGAGAUGCUUAUGUAUAAAAGAAAACAAAUUUCCGUCUUGUAGGGAAACCCAUACUGACCAGCUUGGCAGACACAAUUUUCCUAAUGCAUCCGUCCGUUUCCUGGACUGACAAGUUAUUUGGGAGCUGCCUGUGUGCCCAGCCCACUUGGACUGAAUAAGCUGAGUUCUCAGAUAUGCUCUGACAAAUGACUAACUGAGCAUUUGUCAACAUUUACUAUCCAGAAAGAUGUUUUGAGUUCCCAAGAACUAAAUGUUCAAACUCUGUCCCUAAAUGAGUGAGGAUAUAGACUAGCCCAAAUCUCAACCAUCUUAAACCCUCAUACCAGACCACUGACUUCCUUCAGACUCCAAUUGUUGUGGGCAUGGGAGGAUGGACUGAAUUACACUAAACUGCAAUAAUCUUGUGGCCUGGCCUUGAAAACUCUUUUGAAGCAAUUACAGGAAUGCCUUCAUCUUUUCUCUGUAUGUCAAGCAGGAGAUUAAAGAUAAAUGAAAUAUAGAAAUACAUAAUGAAUGGGAACAGAAAGAGAGCUUAAUGAUGGGAAGCGGGGCAUGGUGGGGGCAUGUGGCAGAAUAGAAGGGGAGCACAGUGAACACUGUAGGAUGGUACACAGGUAGAUGAAUUAGAGGAAUCAGAAGUGGUGAGCAUGCAUAUUGACUGCCGCUGAGAAGCGAGGGAGGGAGAACAGAAAAUGAAGGCAAAAGAAGCCAAAUGUAAAAGUAGAUUGGAAAAGAAUGAGAAAUAAUAAAACUGAGAGGAGUGAUAAAUUGGAUUGUGGGCAAAAAAAAUGGAAGAGAAAGAAACAGACUUUUAGCUCAAAAGUGGGAAUAUCCACAGUUACCUGAGAUAGUCCACAAAAAAAAUAAGGCCUUUUUAAAUGCUAACCAGUUGGCAAGAUGCUGGAAAUCAGCUACUGGAAAUCAGCUGUUAUGUAAGAGCUGGAAAAAAUCCUAUCCAUGAGAGUUGGUCAUUCCAUUUUUAUGAGUUACAGGGUUUCCUUCCAAGUAUCUGAUAUUGGCCACUGGCAAACAGAAUACCUGAAGAGCUCAUACUUCAUCUGAUCUGCUGUUGCAUUUCCUACAUGCCUAAGAAAAAAAUCAACAGGAAUAGUGUGGCCAAACUGUUUUUAAAAGCAACUUUCAGUUUUUCAGAUACAGAUUUAUAGAUGAGGCUUUCUUCUCCAUUUGCAUUGUCUCACAGAUAUGCCUAUCACUCUUAAGCAUUUUUCUGUUUAUUAAAGGUAAUGAUCUAUGAGCCACAAGAGACAAAGGACUUUGUGGACCCCAGUAAAAUGGCCUCCUGACAUUUCUAGGCAUUGUUUAGUCUGUACCAGUGACAAUACAACAAUUAAUAUUUUUCUUAAUCAGAAAGUGCCUGUCUUGGUGAUAAAUCUUGAGAGUUACCAAGUCAGGCAUAAAAUACAUUCUCUCCCAUUUAAGCUAAGUUUUUAAGAGAAAAUACUAUAUCUCUUAAAAGUAAUUCAAAACAGACCUAAACUCGUUGUGUGGCCCCUUCCAACCAGUCGUGUGUUAAAAAGCUGAGCAAGACAGUGGUGCAGAGACAAGCUAGGAAUAAGGAAGAAUCACAUCUCCCUCUCUCAUUUUUCGAAGGAUUAACGUCCUGUUCUACUUUGUGAUGCGGCUUGCUUGGACUUUGUCUUUGACUUUUUUUUUGACAAUGCUGCUUCUGGGUCUAUUUUUGUGAGCUGCUGAGUACCUUCACCUCAUUUUGACAACAAUAAGAAUGGAAAGAUUUCACUUAAUUUCCAACAAAGAUUCUGUAAUCAUCGGUUUUACAGUCAUAUAACACUAGCAGAUUUUUAGAGGAUGCUGAAAAUCUUUGUAGAAAUCACUUGUAGAAAGUAUCCCUUAAGUAUAUCAGGAAAUGGUACAUGCCUAGGAAUAGGCAGAUUUUUCUAUAUAAUAAGUAUAUGUGGAAAUACAAUGAUGUUAAACCAUAUUUUUUAAUAUUCAUAAUGCUGUAGACUACUCUUAAUUUUCAUCCACCCGUCCUUUGUUCCAAAAGGAAGAGAAAACUACUGCUCAGAUAUACUCAGAUGGGAGCUCCUGGGCUGCUUUUCAUUUUUCAUCUUAGAAAGUAAUUUUUUCAUUCUGUUUACAAAUACCAUUCUUCAUCUGUAAUAACAGAACCACCAGUUCCAUGUAUGCGUUAUACUGCUCAGAGAUACUCAACACUAUCUGGGCUUCUAUCUUUAUAUUAUGCUUCAUGGGUUUUUUUGAGUCAAUGUGUUAAAUACAGCAAUACUGGGGGUGCUGGUCUGAAUAAGCACUGCCCAGAAAAAAUGUCAGCAGUACUUAACAACAUGUAUUUGUUCAAGUUUCUGGCAUGCUGAUAAGUGCAGGGGAAAGUCUCUGGAACUUCCUUGCCUGAAUUCUACUUCAUGCAUAGUAUCAGCAGGUCUCUUUAAGAAGCAUUUAUGAAAUACAUUGCGUGUUCUGAAUAAUGUGCACAAUAAACAAUGUACUUUCCAAGACAGAAAGAGAUGGUCCAAUAUUUAAAGCAAAAUUCUUUCCAUUUGUGUAAACCGCCCCAUUCCUAGCCUUGUAAUAAAAGCCAGGCAUUUUUUCCAUUACAAUUUCAGAACUUGCAUGUGAUCUGGAACAUCCAAGUUAUUGUAGUGUCAUUACUGUAGAAACAGAAUGACCUGAAGCACAAUUAUUCUAUGAAUCAAAUCCAAAUGUUUUGUAAAUGUCUAAAAUUCAAAAAAUUAUAGAAAGUAGGUCAUUUAGUAUACAGUACAUUCAUUGGUUGGAGAAUACUGGUAUAAAUAUAGCUGCUCAGGAAUUCUUCAUUGUUUCUAAGUGUAUUUGAAGGACAAUGCUUUAAAGUGUAUGUAUUUUUUAAGUACUUAAUAUUGAAAAUGCUGGCUUUAAAAAAUCUGUUAGUAAUUUCACUUUUAAGUCAAUAUUGUCACUGAAGUCUGUAGCUUUCUGAUAGACUUUUCAAUCUUUUGUCAUUGUAAAAACUCUUUGCAAUGGUGUUUGCAUUUCAAUUUAAUAAAACAGUUCUUGAAUAAA